GUCCACAUCCAAUUCCAACCACAAGCUCCAAUCAAACACAGCAAACCAAUCCAGAUUACCAUCGGCUAUCAAUCAGCAGGAGGAGGAAAUCGCUGCUCGAUUGGGGAAGAAUCAAGAGGCUCGGCGAAGAUGCAGGCGGCGAAGGAGAAGGUGAAGGACGGCGUGAGCGCGGUGAAGGCCAAGACCAAGAUCACGCAGGCCAAGGCGUCGGAGAAGGCGGAGGCGGCCACGGCGAGGUCGCACGCGGAGCGGGAGCUGGCGCACGAGCGCGGCAAGGCCAAGGUCGCCGCUGCCAAGAUGGAGCUGCACCAGGACAAGGCGCUCCACCGCGAGGAGGCCAUGGAGCACCGCAUCCACAAGCACGGCGGCCACGGCCGGCACCACCACAAGCACGGCGUCGGCAUCGUGGCCGCGCCCCCGCCGGCGACCGGGGCCGGGGCGGGGGCGUACCACCCUCCUCCUGCCGCCGGUGGCCACUACUACUAAUUACAGCUAAGCAGCUCCAUCGCUAGCUAGAUGGGCACAUGCGUCGCGUGUGUGUUAUGCGAUCUCGCAAGCUAAGUUUGUAUUUUGUACUGUUUUGUGCUUGACUUACCCACGCGUGCUUUUUAAGUUUGCACUUGGUUUGCACUUAAAGAUGAGAGCUGUAUGUAUGUAUGGAUGCAUGCAACCUUGUUGCUUGCUUUCUUUUAUAAUACUCUAAAGAGCGGUAAAUCAA